GACAUUUACCGCCUGAUAUAGUUAGCAGCGCUUGAUGGAUUAAACUAAAUAAGCAAAGCCUAGAUUGCUCGUGGUUGUCCUGUUACAAUUGGAGAGAAAUAUGUGCGUUGCGCGUGUCUUCAUCGUUGCUGUAUUCCUAUGCCUCCAGUGGGAAGAAUCACAUGCAGAAAAAUGCUUGUCAGGACCUUACCACCUGAAUGCGUCGAGGCCAGGCGGAUCAGGCUUUGCAACUUGCUUCAAUUACAAAGACAAUGCCUGCUGCAGCGAUGAAUUGACCAAAGUUGUCAAGAACAAACCUGAAUCUCUUUACAAUUUCACGUGGCAUCAUUGCAAAAUGGUGUCCAAGCAAUGCAUGGAAUACCUCGUCAAUGAAGAGUGCUUCUACCAAUGUGACCCGACACUUAUCCGAUAUCAAAGAGCAGGGCGACCGGAUGCUGUCCAAAGAGUACCAAUUUGCUCCGGCUAUUGCGACCAGUGGUUUGAUGCAUGCAAAAAUGAUAUGACAUGCGUCGAGAAUUGGGAAACCGGCUUCGCAAAAAUAGGGAGUCACUACGCAUGCCCCAAUACAUCAAAAUGUCUCACAUUUGAAAAGGUUUACAAAAAUGGCGCGGGUCUUUGCAAUAAGAUGUGGGGCGUGUCCUUCUAUUACCAAAAUGCAAAUCAGACCUGUUACCAAAUGGAUGGAGAAAAGCAAAAGGUGGGCAGCAAUGGGUGUUGCAUUCGAAUUCUUUUGGCUUGCAUGGCGACGUCGAUAUUGCUAUCAAUUUCGCUUGGGUUCUUUGGCAAUUGAACUCCAAAGCUGAUUCAGCUCUUUACAAGAAUUUCAAUAACUUAUAGAAGUUUUGUAUGGAGUUUAACUUUAGCUGUAGCUUUGUAGCUUGUCAUGUAUUUAGAAUAUGCUGAUAAGUCGUUAAGAAUGUGGAAAAACUGUU